AUGGCUCCCCCAACCCAGCCAACCUCCUCAAACGUACCAGCAGAUGGGAACUCCAAGAAUUGUGGCUCUUUGACACUCAAAAACGAUGUAACCAAUCCAAAUGCUUCAGUUGAAGAACUGGCCAAGAUCGCCUGCAAGAAUCUGCCCAAUGUCCUUCCACCCUCUGGCACCUUACCAAUCGACACAGUGCUUGCCAUGGCCCAAUUUCCCACCAGCAAGAGGCCUACUAAGAUGGACAAGAAGAUACCAGCAACCAAUCUCCCUGGUGAAGAAAAGAAGAAGUUGUUUUGCAAGUUACCGUUAUUGAAAAAGAACCUCAUCUCUUCAAGUGUCAUCAACUCUGAUGACCGAAAGAAGACCAGAAAGGUGGAAAAGAGAUGGGAUGCAGAAGAGAUGUACAAGCUGUGUGCAAAGAUUAUGGUUGAGAAGACAGAGCAGGCAGAGGAUGUGGUGGAAUGGGUGGAGGACGAAAACAAGGCAGAGGAGGAGGGUGAAGCGGAAACCGAGGCAGAGACGGAUGCAGAGGUGGUAACAGGUGAGGAGGAGGAAGAUGAGCUGGCACCGGAAGACAAUGAGGAAGAUCAGGAGGAAAGUGAGGCUGAAGUCACCAAGAAGCCCCAAUCAUCAUUCAACGAGUCAGGAGGCUAUUACCGGGACGACUACUACUAUUCAGAGGACUAUCACCAUUCAGAUAAUGAGACCAACCCUUAUCGGUCUGCCACAGACUUGGAUGAAUAG